AACAACACGUCCAGACACACCAUUGGUCAGUAGCCCAGCGUGGUGGUGCAUCUUCCACACAAACUGUCAACAACAAGUAUUUCGCCCACUCCUGCUAUUGACAUCAUGCUGCUGCGUUUGGGAAUAUUAGUGUCGUUGAUGUGCUUAGUUUCUUGCACGCUUUCUAAAAGUGACAAGAAGAAAAAGACUGAGAAUAAGGUGUCUGGUUUGGUUAACAAGACUGUGUUAGAUCGUGGUCUUGUAACUGAUCAUCCCAAGUGGAAAGAUAUUGUGGAAAACCAUGGCAGCUAUCAUCAUGACACUGGUUUUCGAGCUGUGCACCACAUGACUUUGGCUUACGUCACUCCGUGGAAUAAUCAUGGAUAUGAUAUUGCAAAAUUUUUGGGUGGCAAAUUUACCCAUAUAUCACCAGUUUGGCUACAGAUAAAACACUCUGGAGGAGAAGUCAUAAUUACUGGAGACCAUGAUAUUGACCAAGGCUGGAUGAAAGAGGUUAGGAAGGCUGGAAAGAGAGUUAACGUCAAAAUUGUACCUCGUAUUUUGUUUGAUGGAUGGCAACUCCAUGACUUCCGAGAAUUCUUUGAUUCAGAGAAUCAACGUUAUAAACUAGCUAUUGACAUCAUCAAUAUGAUCAAGAUGCAUCAUUUAGAUGGCAUUGUUUUAGAAAUUUGGAGCCAGAUUCCAAAUCUUGAGUUACUUGAACACUUACCAAGUUUUGUGACCGAGCUGGCAAACAAGAUUCGUAAUGCUGGCUUUACAUUUAUCCUCGUCAUUCCUCCAGCUGUAUACCAAAGGAAUUCUCCUGGCUCCUUUUUAGAAGAGCAUUUCCGAUCAUUGGUGGAUGUUGUUGAUGCAUUUUCUCUCAUGACAUAUGACUACUCCAACUUUCAAAAUCCAGGUCCUAAUAGCCCUUUGUGGUGGAUACGUGAUUGUGUUGAAAGACUUGUGCCUGAACCCUCCUCUCCUGACCGUGCCAAGAUUCUUGUUGGGCUCAACUUGUAUGGGCUGGACCACAGUAUAUCUGGAGGGUCCCAUAUACUUGGUCAUCAGUAUGUUAGUAUCUUGUCCACUUAUAAACCCAAGUUAAACUAUGAUGAUGAGUCAAAGGAGCAUUAUUUUGAGUACAAAACAAAGAAUGGUCGUCACAUGGUCUUCUACCCAACGUUGCAUUCAAUCAGUGUUAGAGUGCAGCUGGCAAAUGAGUUGGGCACUGGAGUAGCAUUGUGGGAAGUUGGUCAAGGUCUGGAUUAUUUUUAUGAUUUACUGUGAGAAACUAAUCUUUACCACUAUUAAAUGGUGCUAAAAAACUUUUGUGAUAUUA